AUGAAGGGACUCGGCCAAGAAAAAAGGAAACCAGAGAAAAAAAGUAGCAAUCCUGUGACUGAUUUGGGGAAUUUGUGUGAUGUUACUAUUAGCCCCUCGAAGGAGCUUGAGUUGGCAGAAGGGAGACAACUCACGACUGAUUUGGGGGUUUUCUCAAAACCCCAAGGCGGUGGUGGCUGGCCUAGAACAGCCACAAGGGGAUCAUGA